AUGCCGUCAAAUACUUCCACGACUAGCGGUGUCCCACCUGCGGGUGACGGUGGUCAAGAAAAGCAAAAGAUGCUUCUCUCUUCCGAAACAGGUCAUUUUAGCAUGAUCAGGGCUCUGCAUCUUGCUGAUCUAGUAACUGAACUCAAUGGAUUCUGUGGAGUGAUGUCCGUUUUUUCUUCGAUGCGUUACUGUCUUGGUGACCCUCGUGAUUUUGGUGCAAUUUGGGCGGCUCUGAUCUUCAUGCCCUUCGGGCUGUUUUUCGAUUUCAUGGAUGGACGGAUUGCUAGGUGGAGGAAAAAGUCGUCGCUCAUGGGACAAGAGCUUGAUUCACUGGCCGAUUUGAUUUCCUUCGGAAUGGCACCCGCUGCCGCAGCUUUUGCGCUCGGAAUGCGCACCAGCCUCGACCAUUUGCUCCUCUCCUUCUUUGUUCUGUGCGGCCUGACACGCUUGGCACGGUUCAACGUGACUGUUGCUGUUCUGCCGAAAGACAAGUCUGGAAAGUCGAAGUACUUCGAGGGCACGCCCAUCCCAACGACCUUGUCAAUCACCUUUUUCCUGGCCUACUGCGUCUCUCAAGACUGGGUGCUGGACGAUCUACCCCUCGGCCUUGUAGCCCAGGGCACAGCGUUCGAGUUCCACCCGCUGGUACUGUUGUUUGUCUUGCACGGAUGCCUCAUGGUCAGCAAAACGCUGCAUAUCCCUAAGCCUUAA